GACAAUAUUCAGUUAGUCAAGAUGAUGUACAAGUACCUCGUAACGGUUACAUUAUUCUUAGCAUUAACGAGUGCUGAUAUUGAAGAUGAUUUGGACUACUAUGAACAAUUUAUAAGAGAAAAUUUAGUAGCAGAAGCGUCUUACGUGCCUCCAGCGACCUAUAGGGGAUUCCAGUUGAACGAUGAAAAUGCACCACCAAUUGACUUUGGAGUGUAUGAUUUCAUAAUAGCUGGGGGAGGUACCGCGGGGAGUUUACUGGCAAGAAGGUUAUCGGAAGUUCAGUCUUGGAAUGUCUUGGUAAUCGAAGCGGGUGGACGUGGGAAUAAUUUUACCGAUAUACCUGCCGUGAAUAUGGGUUCGUGGUCUUCAGACUACAACUGGGCAUUCAAUAGCACUCCACAGCGUAUGGAGUGUCCAGCUACAGCUUCCCCUUUCCGACAAAUGUCCCUCCCUCGAGGAAGAGCUAUAGGCGGAAGUUCCGUUAUAAAUGGUAACGUAUUCUCACGCGGAUCGCAAUCAGACUACGACAGAUGGGGAGCUAGAGGCCUACCUAACUGGUCCUACGAAAAUGUCCUACCAUUUUUUAAGAAAUAUGAAAAUGCCUCCAGGUUGAAAGGAAUAGAUCCUGAAGUACAUGGAUUUGAUGGACCAUUUAUUGUAGAAAACUAUCACAACACAAGCGAGUUAUCUGAGACUUUCAUUCAAUCCAUGAUUUCAUUAGGAUAUAAUCUUGUUGAUUAUAAUGGAAGAAAUGUCAUUGGUAUAGGACACGUUCAAAAAAGUACCCGAAAUGGAAGACGAAAUAGUGGAGAUAACGCGUUCAUACGUCCAAUAGAUAACAGAAGAAAUCUGAGAUUACAAAUCAAUAGUCUUGCGACAAAAGUAUUGCUUGAGGGUAAUAGGGCUACUGGUGUUGAAUUUAUUAACAGAAAUAGAAGGUAUGUAGCACGUGCUAGAUUCGAGGUGAUUCUGUCGUCAGGUGCUUAUCAAUCUGCACAACUCUUGAUGCUUUCUGGAAUUGGUCCGUCGAGUGAACUUUCCAGGCACAAUAUUCCAGUUCAGCUGGAACUUCCAGUGGGCCGUAAUUAUAUAGAUCAUUUUUCAUUCGGCGUCUCUUGUACUACCAACUUGACAGCCAAGAAUUUGACAGUAAGAGAGGCGCUAGCGCAAUACUUGCGCGGAGUUGGCCCCUUGACUAUAUCCACUGGAACUGAAACCGUAGCGUUUUGCAAUACCAGCUAUACUCCAGUAGAAUAUGUGACCAUGGUAACCAAGACUAUAUCAUUGGUUAACGAUUCUCUUACUUUCGGCACUCAAAGGACAACUGAUUUUACUGCUUACCUAAUGCUCCUGCAUCCAAAAUCUAUCGGGAGUAUUCAAUUAAAAUCCCGGGAUCCUUUACAAUAUCCUCUAUUAAACCCGAAUUAUCUCCAACAUGAAGACGAUCUUGCAGCCCUUGUUGAAGCCUCCCAAUUGUUAGUCAAAAUAUACGAAAACGAUCAAUUUAAGAAGUAUAACCUCAGCAUAGUAAGGGAUAGUUCUUGUAGUAGCUUUCCGUUCAAUAGUGACGAUUAUUGGAGAUGCGUUAUUCGUUGUACUGGAUAUCCCGGAAAUCAUCCUUGUGGGACUUGCAGAAUGGGCGUGAGUCCGAACGAUUCGGUUGUUAACGAAAGACUUGUGGUUCAUGGAAUGAGAAACCUGAGAGUAGCCGACGCUGGUAUUAUUCCCGUUUCUUUGACUGGUCAUAUGUUUGCCACGGCGUACAUGAUAGGAGAGAAAGCAGCACAUCUCAUCAAAGAAGAUCAUGGAAUUUUGUAAAUUAGUUACAAUUAAAUUGUGCAAUAAAGCUAUAAUGCAAGUUUUCUGUAGAUCAGUUAUUAUAAAAAGAUGUUGAGACAA